AUGAACGGCAGCAGAGAAGUGGACUCGGCAGAGGACCUAUGCACUUACAGCGAGCCGCACUAUCUCUACGAGAGGUUCAUUCUUGUGGCAAUCGUAGGCACAACUUUGGCAUUGGUCAACAUCAUAGAAAAUAUGUUCCUCUGUGUCAUUCUCUUUGGCAGGAAAUCCUAUCGCUCUUCACACUGUCUCUACCUGGCGCUGCUUGCCUUCUUUGACAUCUUCAUUGCUGGUGCCUAUAUUCCUCUGAUGAGCCUCAAUAUGCUUGUUGAUUAUUGGAAAUCAGUUGUACUUUUACGAGCAUGGUUUGCCUACAUGAUACCAAUGAUCACCGUUUCUCAUAUUGCAAUGACUGCUUCCUCUUUCCUUAUGGUCGCUGCCAGUUUUGAACGAUACUGUGUGACAGUUCGUCCGCACUGCACGAAGUUUCUCAAUCGAAACAGGAACCGUAUCGCGGCAGCAGCUGUAUUUCUGGGUAUUGCUACCAAAUGCACUCAUCCAUUUGAGUUUGAGAUCACAUACGUACCCGAAUGUCUUGGCACAAUGAAUGAAUAUAACCUUGGACUGUCCCCUCUUGCUAUGGAUGAGGUUUAUAACGCAUACUGGCGAAUAUGGUUCCGCUCGGUCUUUACCAUUUUGUUACCAUUUUUCUUACUCGCCUUCAUGAACAUUCGCAUAGUUCUCGUUAUUCAGAGGACUGAAUUCCAGUUUCUUAGUGCUCAAAAGCUCAGUGACGCUAAAAGAAAGUCACGUGUACGAGCUGCAACGCGGACGCUUGUCUUCGUCGUCGCCACCUAUUUGCUUUCAAAUAUCCUUAACGUAAUCAUUACGAUUUGGGAAUAUAUCGAUUAUGAAUCGAUCACUGUCACCUUCAACACUUUCUACUUGUUUGCUGUGGAUGUGGUUUCUCUUCUGACGAUAUUCGCAGGCGCUCUACGACUUCCUAUUUAUGUAUGCUGUCAAUCGGAGCUGAGGAAAGAGUUUGGAGCAAAACUAAAGAGGAUUUGCUACAGAAGCUCCUACAAGGGAUACAACCAGACCGUCAUGACACCCAUUGGAACGUUGGACGACGCACAACGGGAAGAAUGUGAACUUCAAGAUAGUCAUGCCGAGGACCAGGAGGAUGGAUCAACCCCACCAGCUUAUCCAAAUUUUUUCUUCAGAUUUGGCACUGGUCUCCUAGCAGAUCAUUCCGAUAACGAUUCCAAUUGUAAUGUAAUCAAGAAUGACAUGUGUAUAUAA